GAAUCAAGAUUCCCAUCGGAGCCAAAAGAGUGGCAAAGACAACAGGAGCCUUAAGUGUCGGCUUUGUCCAGGUUAGUAAGCAUAUGAGUCCAAAUCCACCAGCCCAUCUCUCAUCCGAUUCAGCUGCCGCCAAAUCUGAUUUUGCCGCUACGACAACUGUUAUAUUUCUUACGUGCGCGAACAUCCACAUAUGGAUCCAAUCACGUUAUACUGUCUUUCCUUAAUUAGAUUUUAAACUUGUCUUGUGCUAAAAUUUUUAGAAUAUUUGUUCGGGUAGUUCCAAAUCCCAGAUAUUGCUGAGAAUUGUCCGCUCUUUACUUGCAUGUGAGGGAUUGACCCGACCUUGAGAGACCUAGCCAGCUCUUUUCUUGGCUCAGCGUAGUUGGAUUUAUCUUGGAUUCUAUAUGCCACAUGCGGUUUGGUUGAUCUGGCAAGAGUAGCAUGGGUAGAAGCGUCAUUUCAUCCAUACAACAUGUGGAGCUUAAGAUCCACGUCCCAUGUCCACGGGUGAUCACAUCCUUCCUUCUUUGUCUAAGACGGUGUCCCACCCACUUGUGCACAGUUCAUUUGUUGUCACUUGCUUCCUUCUCAUUUCAGUCCCCACCAUGUUAGCCCUCUUUGUUAUAACAAUCAAGUGUUCAGCGUAAGCCUUCGAUACCCCCAAAAUCAAUCUCUCUCUCUCUCUCUCUCAAUGGCACAUAAUAACCACUAUCUCUGCGUUAUAGAAGCAAUGGAACGUCUUUGGUUUCACCACAUCGUUCUCUCCUCGCAAGAAACCAUUGUCGAAUCACUUUCGUCCGCAUCACAAUUUCUCUCUCUCCCAUUGUCCUCUGAUUCCAUUCUUUCUUUGCCUCCUCCGCCAGAUGACGAAGGUUCCACAGAGGAAUCCCUCAACAAACAUAUCUCAUCAGAUUCAAUUUCAGCAUCUCUGCAGGAUGAUUCAAGUGACGAAGAAGAAAAGGGAGAAAGCUCCACUAGAUUAAUGAGCGUUUCGGGUAACAGAGUUCGGUCACAUUCAUCGUCGCCAUACAUACAAAAGCGUGGUGGAAAAUUAAGGAAACAAGCCAAAAGGAGGCUGCAGAAGUCCACGAGCUGCAAGACACUGGGGGAACUAGAAAUCGAAGAAGUGAAGGGUUUUAUGGAUCUGGGUUUCGUAUUCAAGAAAGAGAAUAUAAGUUCGCGAAUGAUGAGCGUUGUCCCCGGCUUGCAGAGACUUGGUAUUUGCCCAAAUGAACAGAGCGCACAAAUGAUGGAUGCCUCAGAAACAGGGGAAGCUGAUACUAUGAAACCAGUGGAAAAGAAGAAAGACGUCAAGAGGCCAUACCUAUCGGAGGCCUGGCUGAUAAAGAGGCCGGACUCACCUCUUCUAAAUCUGAAGAUUUCCAAGCUCCGUUCAACUGCUGAUAUGAAAAAACUUCUUCGAUUCUGGGCCCAAAGCGUGGCCUCAGAAAUCCACCAUGAAUGAAUUCUAUUCUUUGUGUCUGUGUGUCUAUGUAUAUAAGCAGAACUGCAGCCGCUGCGUAUGGAGAAAGAAUUAUGACCUGCCAUCAUCAUUGAACGAGAAGUCUUCGUCUCUGUAAAAAAAUAAGUGUAUGACAAUCAAAGUUGCGAGAGCAAUAAAGGGGGUAGGGGUAGGAAUUAAAUAGGAGUGUUAUUGGCGGGAUUCAAUAAGAAGGAGAGCGAGAGAAAUUAAACCAGCGGGUUGGGAUAAUGGAUGAAUCAGGAUUGAAGUGGGAAAGGGAUAAGAGGGAUGAGGGUAAUAGAGUGGGCCAUCGACAACACACAAGCAGGUAUUAUUGAAUCAUGGGACAGUUCCAUCCUCUGCUUGUCUGGUUGUAUGAUUGCGUAUCAUGACUCAUUCCUUGUGAUUCAUGAGUUUGGUUUAUUUGUUGGCAAUUGUAAUAACAAUGAUUUUGUACCCA